AUGACAAGUAACGGGACGAACGGCCAUACUAAUGGCCUCGCCAAUGUCACAAACGGAAGCUCCAAGAGCUACUCCGUUCCUCGCGAAACUCAACACCUCUUUGAAAACGGUAUCCUGAAAAACACCCUGAUUGCCUCCACACUCCCUGCAGAAAUCGCAGAAUGCGCAAAGACAGUUGAGUUUAAAGGCACCGAUAAGCCCAGUAUACCAAUAAACUGGCGCUUCGCCGAAAGCAUCUCGGCACUCAAGGGGCUGGAAGCCGCCAUGACUAAUGUUCUCCUAAAGAGAAAAUAUGGCUUGGAACCCCAGGAGGCCGUUAUAGAUACCGACCAUGCACAGCUCUUCUUCAUGUCCAUUUUGCUCAACGUCAUCGACCCGGAAGGCGAGAGUAUCGAGUUCCUGACCAAGCCAUUCGCAAAGGGAUCGACCGCAUAUGGCAAGUAUUUUAAGGAUUGCGACAAGCAUGAUGGAAGCAGGAGUAUGUACCGUGUGGCGGCUACGAAUAUCUAUCGGUGCAAGGAUGGGAGGUAUUUCCAUUUGCACGGCUCCAUGAAUCCUGAUCCCACACAGGAAAGUGUCGGAUUGCCGCAUGACAUGAACAUAGAGGAGGAUAAAGAUCCGUGGACACCGUACGAAGAAAAGUUGGCGCAAAUAGAUUCUGGGCAGAUGCAGAAGUUGGCGUCGGAUGUGUAUAAGCAAGCUGGAACGAUCUGCUGGACGACUGAGGAGUUCAAAAAGAGCGAGCAUGGUAAGGCAAAUGCCCAUGUUGGUCUGUAUGAAAUCCAGGACAUCAAGAACGAAAAGCAGCCGGCGUGCUGGUGGCCAGAUAGCCCAGAGACAUCUGCGAAGAGGCCACUCGCAGGGCUCAAAGUAGUCGAUCUGACUCGUGUCAUCGCUGCACCAGCUUUAACCCGGGGGUUAGCUGAACUAGGCGCUUCGGUGAUGAGAGUAACAGCGGAGCACAUUACUGACAUGUCCAUGCUACAUGUCGAUCUUAACUGGGGAAAGUGGAAUGCGCACCUCGAUUUCCGGAAAGAAGAAGACCGAGAAAAGUUGCGCAAAUUGGUUCGAGAAGCUGAUGUUGUAGUGCAAGGUUAUCGGCCUGGUGUGCUAGACAAAUAUGGUUUCUCGCCUGAAGGCUUACUGGACCUGACCAAAGACAGGGAACGGGGGUUGAUCGUUGUGCGGGAGAACUGCUAUGGCUGGUAUGGACCUUGGUCCUAUCGUAGUGGUUGGCAGCAAAUCUCCGAUGCGUGCUGUGGCGUAUCGAUGGAGUUUGGACGAGCGAUGGGUAACGAUGAGCCAGUUACACCCGUGUUCCCCAACAGCGACUUUUGUACUGGUACCUCUGGUGUCAUCGGCGUACUGAACGCCUUAGUUCGACGAGGCGCUGAAGGUGGGUCCUACAAAGUUGAUGUGGCAUUGAACUACUACUCCCAAUGGCUCGUAAACAGCGUCGGUACUUAUCCUGAAGAAGUCUGGGAAGACGUCUGGACACACAACGAACGUCAGGUAUUCCGACACUACCACAAUAUGCAGUAUACGCUGCCGCAUUACAUGAAGAUGCUGGCCAAGAAUUCGGGAUCCGUGCUCUUCAGACCGGACUUCUUUGAGGUUCGACACGCAGGUGCGAUUGGCAAGGACGUAAAGGGAGUCAAGCCUAUCGUUCAAUACCCACAGGGAAAUGUGAAGCUAGGGUACAAUGUAGGGACGCGAGGAAACGGUGUAGACCAGCCCCGGUGGCCAGAGGAUCUGAUGACUGAGGUCGUCGCAUAA